CCGGUUGUUCAGUCUACUGUAUACUCUUUCAGAAAGACCGCGGCGACUAUUCGGACAUCAGAUUUCUCCAUUAAAAAGCAUCACCAAACAGCUUGGCGCAGUCCGAACGGACCAUCGUUUUAAAAGACAACAGAAGCUGAUUGACUUCACACUAGAACUUUGCUCAAGAAUUUUGGACGGGUAAUAAAAGUGAAAGAGUUACUUUGGAUAAAGAAGAUGUGCAUUUUACUAUCAUGGGCAGCUCUAACCCUGCUGUCACUCAAAUGCUACCUCACAGAGAGAACUAUUCAACAUGGACCUGUUUUCACCCAAGAGCCUAGUGACAGUGUUUUCCCACUGAGCAGUGAAGACAACAAGAUAUUCAUCAACUGCAAAGCCAAAGGAAAUCCACCACCAUAUUACAGCUGGAAAUUCAAUGAAAAAGAUCUCAGCACUUACACUAAUUUGAACUACAGCCUGCUAGAGGGCAACCUCUUAAUCAAUAACCCACAGGCAAUGAAAGAUGGAGGAUCUUACCAGUGUAUUGCCACUAAUGCUUAUGGAACCAUCCUGAGCCGCAAGGCCAAAGUGGAGUUUGCCUAUCUUCAGAAUUUUACCAACAAGGCCAGAAAUGCAGUAUCAGUGAGAGAAGGUCAGGCUGUGGUGCUGCUCUGUGGCCCACCACCCCAUUUUGGAGAGAUUAGAUAUUCAUGGAUUUACAAUGGCCAUCCCAGUGUCCUUGUCCAAGACAACCGGCGUUUUGUGUCCCAGAGGACAGGGAACCUCUACAUAGCUAAAGUGGAACCGUCUGAUGUGGGCAACUAUACAUGUGUGGUAAAGAACAUGAUGACCAAUGGCACCAUCUAUAGUUCCCCCACUCCCUUGGUACUGCGCCAGGAUGCUGUGAUGGGUGAAUAUGAGCCUAAAAUUGAAGUACAGUUUGAAGAAAUGCUUCACGUCCUCAAAGGAACGUCGGUUAGACUGGAGUGCUUCGCUUUAGGAAAUCCAGUGCCUUCUAUCUCUUGGAGAAGAGCAGACGGAAGCCCUUUUCCUGGAAAGAUGAAAAUCAAUCAAUCAAAUGGCGUCCUGGAGAUCCCUUAUUUUCAGCCUGAGGAUGCUGGCUUUUAUGAAUGUGUUGCAGAGAACUCCAGAGGCCGUAAUGUUGCAAAAGGACACCUCAUAUUUAAUGAUGUAGAACAUAUGCAUUGGGCUCAGACACUGCGUGAUGCCUACAUGGCCAUUGAUGCCGAUCUGCACUGGGAGUGCAGGGCUAAUGGGAAACCCCAGCCUGUGUAUAGAUGGCUUAAGAAUGGACAAGCCAUGGUGUCUGAGGACAGAAUCCACAUUAAUAGAGGCAAGUUCAUGCUCUCAAAAGUUAACUUAGCAGAUUCAGGGAUGUAUCAGUGUUUGGCCGAGAAUAAGCACAGUGUCAUUUAUGCCAGCGCUGAACUCAAAGUUGUAGCUUCUCCUCCAGACUUUUCUAAAGGUCCAGUGAAGAAGUCCACACUGGUUCAAAGAGGAGGUGAAGUCAUCAUUGAGUGUCAGCCACAUGCAUCCCCCAAGCCCUCCUUCUCAUGGAGGAAGGAAGGCAACCUGCUGAAAAACAACGAGCGAAGGACAAUCUCAGAGGAUGGCACCCUGCGGAUUGCCAAUGUGAGUGAGUCAGAUGCAGGUAGAUACACGUGUGUGGCGCGCAACCUUUUUGGUGUGGCCAGUAGCACGGGAACCCUGGUGGUCAAAGAACCAACCAAAAUAACAGUUCCUCCACUGAGUAUGGAUGCCACGGUGGGUGAGAGCAUUGUUCUGCCAUGCAGGGUGUCCAGAGACUCCAACAUGGACCUCAUCUUCAAGUGGUUCUUCAACGGGAAACUUGUCGAUUUCAGCCGCCAUGAACACUUUGAGAUGAUUGGAGGGGGAGCAUCCGGUGACCUCAUGGUACGUAACAUCCAGCUAAAACACUCUGGGAAAUAUGUGUGUAUGGUCCAUACUAUGAUGGAUAGUGUCUCGGCUGCAGCUGAUUUGAUUGUCAGAGGACCCCCUGGUUGCCCUGAGCGAAUUUUGGUGGGGGAAGUCACUCCCCAGACAGUUCAGCUUUCAUGGAGUCCCAGUCCUGACAAUCACAGCCCUAUAACACAUUACAUAGUGCAGGCCCGAAGUGAUUUCUCCAUUGGCUGGCAGGCUGUAAAAACAGUUCCUGAUUCUGUGCCUGGACAGAUGACGCGUGCCAUUGCAGUGGGCCUGAGGCCGUGGGUUCAGUACGAAUUUAGGGUGGCAGCCAUGAAUAGUGUCGGUGUGGGUGAGCCUAGUGCCCCAUCUGAGGCUGUUCUGACUAAAGCAGCAGUUCCUGAAGUUGCUCCAGCAAGUGUGAGCAGAGGUGGUGGGAGCCGCGGUGAAUUGGUGAUUGUGUGGGAGCCUGUUCCAGAGGAACUACAGAAUGGAGAAGAUUUUGGAUAUGUGGUAGCCUUUCGUUUACUUGGUUCUCUUGUCUGGAUGCAAAGCGUGGUUCCCUCAGUGGACGCAUCACGUUAUGUAUUUAAAAAUGACAGCAUUCCUCCACUCUCACAGUUCGAGGUGAAGGUGGGAGUGUACAACAGCAUUGGAGAAGGACCCUUUAGCCCUGUAUUUAUUGUCUACUCAGCAGAGGAAGAGCCCUCUAUAGCCCCAACCAAUGUGUGGGCACAUAGUAUUUCCUCUUCAGAAUUGCAGGUUUUGUGGGAUCCCAUCCUGCCAAACCAUAGCAAAUCCACAAUCUCAGGAUAUGAGGUGUUGUUGUGGGAGGAGGGCUCAUUAGGGAACAAGGCAAUAAUGGAAAGGGUCAAAAGAAGCCCAGCUUAUAUCACAGGCCUGAAGAGCAGCACCAUGUAUCUAAUCUCAGUCAGGGCUCACAACAGUGGUGGGGUUGGACCUACCAGUGCUGCCAUCAACAUGACUACAAAGAAACCACCUCCAAACCAGCCUCCUGGGAAUAUUUGGUGGAACAUGAAAAACUCCAAACUCUUUUUGCACUGGCAGCAUGUAAAGGCAAUGGACAAUGAAUCUGAAGUAACAGGCUACAAGAAAAUAUCUGCUCAGUAUGGCCUUGACACAUUUUCUUGCCCAAACAUCAGAAAUUCUUUUGACCUGUUUCCCUCUUGGUAAUUUUUGCAGUGAUAUCAAACCCAUUAGUGUUUUAUUCACUACAGGCUAAAGUAUUUGGUACCUUAUGUGUAUGCCUCGAUUUUAAUCAGCUUUUUAAUCUGAAUUCACACUCUGGUGCUUACUAAUCAGGCAACCUGGACAGUCUUAGUUAAAGCAAAGCCAGCUGGCUCUGGAAUUAGUUAAAAGAGCCAGCAGUGUGUUCUGUGCUCUUGACCAAUUCAAAGCCUAAGCUAAAAUGAGUCACAGCAACUACUUAAUCCUCAGGAUUAGUUCAACUAUAGGCUUUUGUUUAAGCGGUGUGAUAAGUUUGCUACCUCAGUCAAAUAUAGUCUGCUGUAUGUUCACCCAGUAAUGUAGGGAAACAUGAAGAACACAGGCAAACACAGUGAUCCUAUAUAAUCUUCAGGUUUAAAAUUAAUUCACUAAUGCCAUGCAGACAUUAGAUAAGACAAAAUGUUAAUUUUUAUAAUAUGUUUGCACAGUCAUUUAAAGUAAUCUCUUCACUGGGAGUCAUAAUUGUGGUCUGAUUCAAGCUCAGCAUAUUUUAAAAAUACAUUUCAGAGAAAGCCAGUCAGCAUGAUGACCUGCUGUGCUCAAAAAGAGCAGUCUUAGUCAUUGGCACAUAUGAACUAUCAAAAAGACAAGAAAAUGAAAAGUGAGUGAAAAGUAAAAAAGAACAGUAUUGCACUUUUUCCUCUUUUGGAUACAUUAAUUAGAUGCUGAAUGGUGCUGGCUAACUAGAAAAGGUCUUUGCAGGGGGGUGAGUGCAACUGGAACACUGUGAGUUACAAGCUUUACUGAGCAUCACUUUCCAGUAUUCAUUUGUAAUCCAGGCUGCUUUCAGAGCAGAACUUGUAUAAUGCAAUCAAUAGCUACAAAUUAUCUCACCCAUGCAGGCAAGAAGGAAUAUCAGAAGCCCAGGUCUUUGUUUUUCAUCUGUCCGUAUAAAGAAGAAUUAUAAAUGAUUUAUGGAUUUUUUUCUCUAAGAGAACAGCAAAUUGCUUGGCAUACUAAUCAUCCUUCUAGUGUGCUGAGAAUUCACUUUUAAGUUUUAAGCACUUUUUCCAGUAGACACUGUCACAAAGCAGCAUUAUUAGAAAUAGUGGUCUAGGUCUCGAGGGAAAAAACAAGGCAAGAAAGAAAAGCUUGAGAGGAGACAUGGCUUGGAAGAGGAUCCCUCACCAUGUGGGAGGUAUGGAUAGUGGAGUUAUAAUCAUAUCCAUUAUUGUCUUGUGUAGCUAUGAUUAUUAAACUGUCAUUCCACUCAUCUUUUAAAUGGAAAUUUCAAUAUUUAAACAAAAUAAAUGUUGACAAGUAUGUUGACAGUCUUUUUUUUUUAAAUCUUGAGUCUGUUGAAUACCUUGUUUUUGGUGUCUUUUUAAAGGUCAAAGUUUCAUAACAUGCUAGUGUAUGGAAGCAGUUAAGUUCUUUCACAAAAGUAGCCUUAGAAUAUUACUUAAUACUCUUUAGCUCUAUUAUUUAAAUAUUAUAUAACACAUCAAAUAACCAUUGUUUGGUUAGAACAUGUUGGGGCAAUGUACUUAUUACUGGGGUCAUACAGGAUUUUAGUACUUCUAAAUCUGUCAUGUCAAUGUGCAUAUGCACACAUCUUUUAAAUUAAAAAGAUAUUAUUUUCUCCUUUAUAAUGACCAGUAGAAAUAACAUAUAUCAUAUUGAAAUUGAAAUAUGUCAUUAUAUCCCAUGGGGAAAAUUUCUGUAAAGAAAUUUUGUGCAUGCAAACAGUGCAUGCUUAAAAGCUCAGUGGAAUAAUAGCUGCAAUGCUAUGAUGCGCUUUUCUGUGUUUGUUAUGUAUUUGUUUACUUUUCCACACGUGUUUUGUUUUGGUUCAUGUCCUGUCUCUGCCCUUGUAUUGUAACUGCUUGCUUCCCUCAUUUUUCAAGAUUACUCGCACGUGUUUACAGUUCAAUCUUUAAUUAGUUUGUGUAUUUAAACCUUUGUGUGUCUUUGUUCUAUGUCAAAUACUGUUUAGAGUUUAACCGUCUGCCAUCUUGUUUUUAUGUCCGCUACUUUGGUUUUGUGAGUUUUACUAGUUUCAUGAUUUUUGAGUCUGGUUUUAGCCCAGUUGACUUUGAAGUUGGAUUUGUCUGCCUGCCUCUCAGAAAGAUAAUAUGCUUAAAAUGCUUUCAAAAUGGAUCACUGCCUCACUGCAUGACAGAGUACUUUACAUGGAUGUAGCAAGAAGAUGAGAGUAAUACCGUGAUGACUAUGAUGAACAUUCAAUUUUAUACAUACAAUUAAUACAUUUUCCUCAGUGGAGUUCCCUGUAUCCCCCAGAACCCUUUGACAUCUUUGAAGUUUAUCCAGAAAGUUACCUAGUGCAAUGCUAAGUAUAUUUUGAGACCACGAUUUUAAAGAGAAGCAGUGGCUGAGGGCAGAGCUCCUGGUCACAACUGGAACCAUGGGCUUCUGAAAUGUAGCUUUGUUCAUAUGCCUCCUCAGCGGUGUACAGAAGUGCUGAGGUUAACCCCAACCUUGAAAAUUUUUGUGGGUUGGCCAACUUGUUUGCUUAACCCAGUAGCAACAAUGAGGGGAGAAAGACUGGAGAAGAUGAGACCUCCCUGGAAGAGGUCCCUACAGAUGCCAGCAAUGUGCCUUCCACCCUGAGGCAAACAGGAUGGCUUUCCCCAAAAAGCUAGAGACUGAGAUGGUGGUCUCCCUGGCAGAGCUCCUUACAGAGGCAGAUAAAGCGGAAUCUGCUGCCAAGCUCCAGACUGACGCCAGCAUGAUGGCUUACAGAGGUUACCUGACCUUUGCAAGCCUGUCCUGCCACAUUUUUUUAAAGGAGAAACUAAACAAAUAUUAAAUAAGCAACACAAUAUCUAAUCAAAGUACAAAUUACAUUUAGAGUAUUGACACGUUUUUGUGGGUUAAAAAUUGUUUUGCUGUGUUUCCUAUCUGGAGGAACUACACCACAAAUCUACUAGAACUUUAAUGCAGGAAUACUGGAAAUAUUAAUGCAGCUCCCAAUCUGCCUACAAGUGAGAAUUUGUGUGUGUGUGUGUGUGUGUGUUUUCAUCACAAUUUACAACUCUGCAAAACACUCAUCGUGCUAUGAAAGCCUGUCACAGUGCUAUAUCACCAGUAAACACUGGAGAUGACAGCAUACCAUAUUGCAUACUUCACAGUAUGUACUUCUAUACCCUGUAAUAAUAAAAUACACAUCAAUCUUACAACAUACCAAUUUAAGCUACAAUUAAACUUAAAUCUAGUCAAGUCUAAAUCAUCAAUAACACAUCCUUAGAAUUCCAAUCUAAAAAGAGUUUCAGUUUGUAGCAGGUUAAAUAAUACAAUAUAAAAACUCCAGUUAUGGAUACAAUUAUAAGUCUAGGUCUGUUGCAUAUCAGUUACUAUAUUGUAUUAAAUAUUAAUCAUUAUUUAACCAAUAAACUAUUUUCUCAUAAGAGUGAUAUUUAAUAAAUAAUUUCAUCUCUGUUUUUUGCCCACAUUAUAAAGUUUGUGAUUUUAUUACUUACAGUAUGAACAGACUUUUACCAGACUUCUUUUCUAUGCAAACACAUUUUAUUAUUGAGUUAGGACAUGUUUUAUUUAGUCAAAAAUUAUUGAAGUCACAAAAUUAUGUUAAUAUUUAAUGAAAUGGACACAAGUUCAUUGAAUCUAACACAAAUCAGUUGCCUUUAAGGUGAUGUACCGUCAAAACUGGCAAAGAGGAACAAGCAUAGUGGAAACAAAUCAGACGUCACUGGAGCUAGAGAUUCCAUCAGGAGAAGAUCUGCUUAUACAGAUCAAAGCCUCAAGCGAUGGUGGAGAUGGCAGCUACAGCA